AUGGAGGAAGAAGAGGAUAGGAUUUUGUUGAGUAGCUUAGGAGUUACAUCGGCGAAUCCUGCAGAUAUCGAACAGACGAUACUCGAUGAGGCGACGAAGAAAAUAGAUAACGAUGAUGAUGGGAAUGUGGAGGAGGGGUCUAUAGAGGCGGAGGGAAACAAUCCGCUUUCGUCCAGCCAGAUCGAGCUUUUGAAUAAAUUGAGAGCUGUAAAGUUUGAAAUAGAUGCUGUUGCAUCAACUCUUGAGCAAGUUGAUGAGGUUGCAGAAGAAAAUGGCUUACAGAAAGAUGAUGAAUCAGAGGUGUUGCAUAGUGGUUCUGUACUUCAGCACGCCCUUGCCAAAGACCGUCUAAGAAGCCUUAGGAAGAGAAAAACUGAACUUGAAAAGGAACUCACUGGUUUACUUGGUCAAAAUGCUGCUGAUAGUGCUGAUGGCAAUAAUCUACUGCGAGAUCUGGUGAAGGAAGAGCCUAGUCUCAAGAGGAAAUUUAAAGAGACUGGGAAAACAAGCAAAAGAGAAGGAAAAAAGGUGAAAGCAGUUUCGUUUCACGAGGACAAAGAUUUUGAUGCUGUUUUCGAUGCAGCUUCCGCUGGUUUUGUUGAAACGGAAAGAGAUGAAUUGGUGAGAAAAGGAAUUUUAACUCCUUUUCACAAGCUCAAGGGAUUUGAACGCCGACUUCAACAGCCUGGACCGUCAAACUCGGGCAACAUAGGUGAAGGAGAAGACGAAAAUGACAAAAAUGACGACUCCGACAGUAUUGAUAGAGCCGUCCAGUCGAUGUCGCUGGCUGCAAAAGCUCGCCCGACAACUAAGCUACUUGAUGCAGAGGACUUGCCAAAGCUUGAAGCGACCCCUGUCCCUUUUAGAAGGUUAAGAAAGAUUUACCAGACUCCGGAUUCUCCGGAUAAUGAAGGAAAGAAAAGUAAAGCUAAGAAGAGCAAAAAGAAGCGGCCUUUGCCUGAGAGGAAAUGGACAAAGCGGAUUUCUCACGAAGACUCUACUCUUCAAGAAAGUGAAUCUGGACUGAGAAACUUGAACACUUCCAGUUGUGAGGAAGAAGAGCUAGAUGAUGUUGAUGACACGGACGACAACGAGACAUCUUCUGUACAGCUGGAAGGUGGAUUAAAGAUUCCUGAAAGCAUAUUUAGUAAACUUUUUGAUUACCAAAGAGUUGGGGUGCAAUGGCUCUGGGAACUCCAUUGUCAAAAGGCUGGUGGCAUUAUCGGGGACGAGAUGGGUCUUGGUAAGACUGUGCAAGUCUUAUCUUUUCUCGGAUCAUUGCAUUUCAGUAAGAUGUACAAACCGAGUAUUGUCAUAUGUCCUGUCACACUCUUGCGUCAGUGGAGAAGAGAGGCACGGAAGUGGUACCCGGAUUUUCACGUGGAAAUACUCCAUGACUCGGCACAAGAUUCUGGGUAUGGCAAAGGACGAGUCAAGGCCUCUGAAAGCGAUUAUGACAGUGAAGGUUCAGUCGAGAGUGAUCAUGAGCAAAAGUCUAAGAACACCAAGAAAUGGAAUUCUGUGAUAAAGCGGGUUCUAAAUUCUGAUUCAGGGCUCCUCAUCACCACAUAUGAGCAAUUGCGGCUGCAUGGUGAGAAGCUGCUCAACAUUGAGUGGGGUUAUGCAGUGCUGGACGAAGGCCAUCGGAUCCGGAAUCCAAAUGCUGUAAUUACUUUGGUGUGCAAACAGUUACAGACCAUCCAUCGAAUUAUUAUGACCGGGGCACCAAUCCAGAAUAAACUGACAGAACUCUGGUCAUUGUUUGAUUUUGUCUUCCCUGGAAAACUGGGGGUCCUGCCUGUGUUUGAGGCAGAGUUUUCUGUUCCCAUAACUGUUGGUGGCUACGCCAAUGCGUCUCCGUUACAAGUGUCAACUGCCUAUAGGUGUGCAGUUGUUCUUCGUGAUUUGAUCAUGCCUUACCUCCUCCGCCGCAUGAAGGCCGACGUGAACGCACAUCUUACAAAAAAGACUGAACACGUUCUCUUCUGCAGCCUGACUGUGGAGCAGCGAUCUACCUACAGGGCGUUCCUUGCGAGUUCCGAGGUAGAAGAUAUUUUUGAUGGCAACAAGAAUUCUCUUUACGGGAUUGAUGUGAUGCGGAAGAUAUGCAACCACCCUGAUCUACUUGAGAGAGAACAUUCUCACCAAAACCCAGAUUAUGGGAACCCAGAACGUAGUGGGAAGAUGAAGGUUGUUGCAGAAGUGCUCAAGGUCUGGAAGCAGCAAGGACACCGUGUACUUCUGUUUUCACAGACUCAGCAAAUGCUUGACAUCCUCGAGAGCUUCUUGGUUGCAAAUGAGUAUAGUUACCGGAGGAUGGAUGGCCUUACACCUGUAAAACAGAGAAUGGCUUUGAUUGAUGAGUUUAAUAACUCGGAUGAUGUGUUUGUCUUUGUUCUGACGACGAAGGUUGGUGGUUUGGGAACGAAUCUGACUGGCGCUAAUAGGGUCAUCAUCUUUGACCCUGAUUGGAACCCCUCAAAUGAUAUGCAGGCAAGGGAACGUGCUUGGCGUAUAGGGCAGAAGAAGGAUGUUACUGUUUACAGAUUGAUCACACGAGGGACAAUUGAGGAGAAGGUAUAUCAUAGACAGAUAUAUAAACAUUUUCUCACUAAUAGGAUCCUGAAGAAUCCACAGCAGAAAAGAUUCUUCAAAGCUCGGGAUAUGAAAGAUCUUUUCAUCCUGAGAGAUGAUGGCGACAGCAAUGCAUCCACCGAAACCUCUAACAUCUUCAGUCAGCUGACUGAAGAGAUAAACAUCAUAGGAGCUCAAACAGAGAGACAUCCCGAAUCAGAUGAGGGCACAAAUGAAUUCUCAGGUGGAAAAGAUGCGGAGACAGCCGAUGGCAGAAAUGAAGAGACAAAUAUCUUAAAGAGUCUCUUCGACGCCCAUGGAAUACAUAGUGCUGUGAAUCACGACGCCAUCAUGAAUGCACACGACGAGGAAGAGAAGAUGAGACUUGAACACCAGGCAACUCAAGUGGCACAGAGAGCUGCGGAAGCAUUGCGCCAAUCACGGAUGCUGCGUAGCCGCGAAAGCAUCUCAGUGCCUACAUGGACGGGAAGAUCUGGCUGCGCAGGUGCACCGUCAUCUCUACGGAGGAAAUUCGGAUCAACUGUAAAUUCCCGGUUAACACAGACCACAUCAGACAAGUCAUCAGCGAUCAAGAACGGUAUCAGUGCCGGUCUAUCUUCUGGCAAAGCACCGUCUUCCGCAGAGCUUCUCAACAGAAUCCGCGGAAGCAGAGAACAAGCCAUUGGUGUUGGCCAUGAACAGAUACAGUCUCCACUCCCGUCUUCAUCAGGUUCAAGCAGUUCGUUGCAGCCCGAGGUCCUGAUCCGACAGUUAUGCAGCUUUAUACAGAAAAGAGGCGGAAGCGCAGACACGACCAGCAUUGUCAACCAUUUCAUGGACAAAGUUCCAGAUAAGGACUCGGCGUUGUUUAAGAGUCUCUUGAAGGAGAUUGCCACGCUUCGGAAGGACCAAAACCGUUCGUCUUGGGUCCUCAAACCAGAGUACAAAGACUAA